AUCUGAAAAGUUUACCCUUUCUGAGAGGGUGAAAAUGCAGUUAGCUAGCUACAAACAAACAAACAGUUCUCUGUCUGUAACAAGGUGGCAGUGGUAUGCUAAGUGAGGCACGUUUUCCAUCUCUUGGCUCUCUUUUCUCUCGAAUCCUCCGUUCUUCCCUCCACCACCACCAACUAACUUCAACAUCAAACCCACCAUUUUCUCUUUUCCCUUAUCUGAUGUCGAUUUCCACCAAAAUCCCGCACCCUCUGCUCCACCACCCUAAUUCACCAUCCCUUAAUAAAGCCCUAAAACCCUCUUCUUCUUCUUCUUUACAUUCAACACCCACUAAAUUAACCUUCUUUAGAUCCAUUACUAUUGAAAAAAUCUCCACAAAAUCAAUUUUUGCUACUCCUACAAGUGCUUCUUCACAACCCUCAUCAUCUCUCCAACCCAUUGAAGAGCUCCCACCGAAACUCCAAGAAAUCGUCAAACUCUUUCAAGCAGUCGAACAACCAAAGGCUAAAUACGAGCAGCUCUUAUUUUACGGUAAAAAUUUAAACCCACUUGACGCACAAUACAAGACCAAUGAAAAUAAAGUUCAGGGUUGUGUUUCACAGGUUUGGGUUAGAGCUUAUUUUGAUUCGGAUAAAAAUGUCAUCUUUGAGGCUGAUUCUGAUUCGGUACUCACUAAAGGGCUUGCUGCUUUGUUGGUUCUGGGUCUAUCUGGACGGCCCGUUGAAGAGAUUAUAAAAGUUUCACCUGAUUUUGCUGUCCUUUUAGGGCUGCAACAAAGCUUAACUCCUUCUAGGAAUAAUGGGUUUUUGAAUAUGUUGAAGCUGAUGCAGAAAAAGGCACUGCAGUUGUACGUUGAAGCUGAAAAGGCUGCUGAUUUAGGCCAUAGCGAAUCCUUAAAUGCCUCGACUGAGGCUUCUUCGUUGGGCGGUGUUAAUGUUAAUGGAAAUGUUGAGUCUGGAGAGAGUACUGAUGUUAGUGGGAAUAAUGUGAGUGGUGGUGGUGGUGAUGAUGGUGUUUUGAGGAGUAGAGGGAUGGCAAUUAAAGAGAGGCUGGAGAAGGAACUUAGGCCUGUCGAAUUGGAAGUUGAAGAUAUAUCUUAUCAGCACGCGGGACACGCUGGGGUUAGAGGCAGUGACGGAGAGACACAUUUUAAUUUAAGAGUGGUUUCUAAGGAAUUUGAAGGGAAGAGUUUGGUUAAGAGGCAUAGGAUGAUUUAUGAUUUGCUGCAAGAUGAGUUGCAGAAUGGAUUACACGCGCUGUCAAUCGUGGCGAAGACGCCCUCUGAAGUUGGUAGUAGCUGAAUUGAACGGCCAGCGUCAAGAGAGGAUUAAGAUCUACCUUUACAUUUCAAAUCAUCUAGUCCAAUUUCUAUUGCUACGUUCUUUGCCCAUCUUGUGGGCAUCAGUAUGGAGUAUAUACUAAAGGUCUCCUGGUAUUGCUGCUAUUUUCAAGUUCCAGGCAGAUCAAACCACUUUAUAUGUAGAUGUUUUGCCUGAGCUUUCCCAGUCGGGGGAAGUUCAGAGAAAUUUAUGCAUCUAUUAUGUGUUAGUUACCUUGAAUGGAGCAUAUUUUCAUAUCAUCCCUUUUAUUCAAAUAGCAACUUGGCAUAAGACACUGGGUUCAGUAGACUCGACUGAUUAUGAAAUACUAUGCUGUUAUUUUAAAGAAAUUAACACAAAGAAGAAAGAAAGAUUGCCAAUUGUACCGCAACUUUGCUGCUUUUUGAAUAUUUCGGGACUGGAGUCUGGUGCUUCUUUGGAUAUUUGGGAUUGUACAUUACCAUAAGUUAAGCAUGAUUCUCUUAUACUGAAGAUGAGAAACAUAUAGCUUAGUUGUAGGGAAAUGGUGGUGUUGGGAUUUUAUGGUUCGAAAGUGAAGGGAAGCUUUUAAGAAUUUAUCAGGUGGAGCAGCACAUUUUGCUCCAUUACUGUUAUGUGAUCCAUUACUGCAAAAGAAUAGCUUUGUAUAGCAAGAACAAAAAGAACUCUACUGGCAUUGCUGUAUUGGUAUUUGUCGUAUGAAAGGAGUCAUCUUUCUGCCUUUUCA